UGGCCAUGCCAUUGUAAAAUCAAAUAAUUUGAUAGUUCAAUUAUAUCUUAUCCUUAACCAAUGCUUUAAAGUUCGUCCUAUGUACCAUCAGGUUUAGGAUUUAAGAAUGGCGGGUUUAUUAGAAAAAAUAAAAGACCUCUACCCAGACCAGGCAAGGGCAAUCGAAAAAGAAAAUUUCCGCAGUGACAACGACAUCCGGACAUUGACCAGAGAGGAUCUACAUGAACUGCUUGGCCCUAAGAACCUCAAGCAGAGAAAGGCCAUUUAUGAACUGAUAAACCAGCAGAAGCCAAUUGGGGAUUUUUUAAAAGACUUAAAAGCUUUUAUCCCUGCAGAAUCUUUGGAAGCUGCCCUGACAGAGAAUGGGGUCUUGAGUGGCUACCUGCAGAUCAUGAAGGACUUGACGUCCCAAGUAGGAAAGGUCCAAUCAUUUUUGCAGGCACAUGUGAGCCUGCUGGAGGAACACAGUUAUGAUAAUAAGGCGGCGAAAGUGCCACGCACAGGAAGUAAUGCGCAACAAGUUAGCAAUCUACCUCCAACACCAACAGCUAAAGGUGCGAUUUGAGAGUUGUAAAGAGCGGAAGAGAGACAGAUUUUGAAACUCAACACUUUCAAACGCAACAAUGUCUGCCUAUAAUGAAAAUUAUUUCACGAUUACCUACUAAACCAUCGAAACCAACCCAUAACUUUCUUUCCAAUGCUCCUAUGCUUCCAAAAUGGAGGUGGUUAUUGUGAGGUUACUUUGCAAUCUAAAAUUAGGUUUUCUUUUAAAGUAGUAUUGGCAACAAAGAUUUACAUAUUUUGUGUUUUCUUUGUUCAUUUGUUUGCCGUAUUUAUUUGCUCCCAAGGUUUCGGGGAUGCUAAGGAAGUCCCCAGUUCUAGCUCUCCAGAGAGCGGUCAAAGAGAUGGCUUUGACCUUAGAUCAGAUACUGACCCAGAUCCUUAUCCCAGCAACGUGGACCCAGAUGAGCCACUAGGAGCCCACAAAGCACAGCCUGUAGCAGAGGUUUCAUCCUCUGUUGCAACACAGAAGAUAAGUAUGACUGAAAAACUCCAUACUGUAACAUUCCAGUCUAUUGUAAGCGGCAAAACAUUAAACUGCGAAAAUACCAUAUUGGAACAAUUGAGGAACAGGGGAAAAGUGAUUCUUACGGAGACAGAAGACAGCCCCCAGCUCAUUAUUGUGUUCUGUCCAAUCACGUCACGGAUUGACUCAGACUUGGAGAGUGUCAUGAAUAAACAUCCAGAGUCAUUGGUUGACAAACCUGUUAUUUUGGUGAUGAUGCAUCACAGAUACAAUCCCAACGAAGUAGUCAUCCAGAAGCCAGGGUCAGUCCUCAAGAAAUGGAACAUUGCGUUGGUUGUCAACGUUUUCUACCACGAAACCGUGCAUGGAUUGGUGCCCUGCGUCAUGAACAACCAGGCGGUCGAUGAAAUGCACACCACAUUAAUGAAACACUGUGAAAAAAGCAUAUGUGAAUGUGUCGACGAUAGCGACAUUGCAAUGUCGGACCCCUGCAGUCAUAAUAGCAGCGCUUCCGAAUCAUUGGUUCAAUCAGGAAAUGACAAUAUGGCUUUGCUUGCUCAUGAAUGCAACACUGGUACUAGUAGUAAUGUAAUCUCCCAAAGGACUAGCAGUACAAGUAGUCAUGACCACUGGAGUGGUAGGCGUCCUUGUGUGGAUGCACGUCCCAUUGGAAGCCGUGGCAUAGCUCGUCAUGAUGACACACACGCUUUUCAAGGCCACCCAAAAAGUAUGGGUGAUUAUGUCGCUUCAAGUCACAGCAGGUUGAGUGGUGAUAAUGACACACACACUUCUGAUUUUCAAUGCAAACAAGCAGCUAAUGUUGGUAAUGCCAGAACACGUGAUAGUAGAAACAGUGGGACGGAUGGUGAUGACCACACUGGUAAGGUAGAUAAAGGAGCUUUCAAGAAAAAUUAUUUUCAGUGGAAGUGAUGGACAUUGUUCAUCUAUGUGCUGCCAGUGCUAGUAAAGCUAUUUUUAUUUUAUUUCUCAAUCAGGAAUAUUAUCUUUAGUGUGAAACAAUGGCGUCAUGCGUUCAUGAAGGGAAAAGUGGGUUAAUAUAUUUGUAUUGGAUCAAAGGGUAGGCUAUCUUUUUAAUGAUUAUAUUCGUACAAUAAAGUACUGUUACAAGAGUGCUUCAUAGAUAUACUUUAUUGGGCAUUGUUUUUUGGAUGAAAAAAGUAGGCUAAUGCAUCACUUCUAAUGCAUCAGCUUCCUUCAAGCUAAAUCAUUAAAAUAUGUUCAAUAUGCUUCUGUAACAAAGCAAUAUAAAUAUGUAAAAUAUGCAAAGUCCACAGAUGUUUUUCCAAUGAUGUAUUUCAAAUAAAGUCAAUGGAUUAAUCCCAUUCAAUACAUCAGGAAUGUUUUUGAUGUCACGAUGUACAAGCCCUACGGACGGGC